GGUGCGAGAGGGAGCAGGCAGAGGCAGUGGUCAGACGUGCACGAAGGGGCUCCCGCUAAACAGCUCGGCCCCUUCUCACCACCAUGCUGCUGUGGGUCCCGCUGCUGGCGCUACUGCUGCCAAAGCCCCUGGCUCAGGGAGGAGCCCGGCGGAGAGAGGCCGUGCAGGCCCGCAACACCCCCCAGCCCUCACUGCAAAGGCUGGCAGCCCACCUCCUGGCCCACUAUGAGAAGGGGGUACGGCCUGUGCGGGACUGGAGGAAGCCCACCACUGUGUCCAUUGACGUCAUAGUCUAUGCCAUCCUCAAUGUGGACGAGAAGAACCAGGUUCUGACCACCUACAUCUGGUACCGGCAGUUCUGGACAGAUGAGUUCCUCCAGUGGAACCCUGAGGACUUUGACAACAUUACCAGGCUGUCCAUCCCCACGGAGAGCAUCUGGGUCCCUGACAUUCUCAUCAAUGAGUUUGUGGAUGUAGGCAAGUCCCCUGAGAUCCCCUACGUGUACGUGCGGCACCACGGCGAGGUCCAGAACUACAAGCCGCUCCAGGUGGUGACGGCCUGCAGCCUCGACAUCUACAACUUCCCCUUUGACGUGCAGAACUGUACACUUACCUUCACCAGCUGGCUGCACACCAUCCAGGACAUCAACAUCUCACUGUGGCGCCCCCCUGAAAAAGUGGAGUCUGACAAAAGCAUCUUCAUGAACCAGGGUGAGUGGGAGCUUCUGGGGGUGCUACCCCAGUUCCAGGAGUUCAGCAUCGAGAGCAGCAGCUGCUAUGCAGAAAUGAAGUUCCAUGUGGUCAUCCGUCGGCGGCCUCUGUUCUACGCGGUCAGCCUGUUGCUGCCCAGCAUCUUCCUCAUGGUCAUGGACAUCGUGGGCUUCUACCUGCCCCCGGACAGUGGCGAGAGGGUCUCCUUCAAAAUCACCCUGCUCCUGGGCUACUCGGUCUUCCUGAUUAUAGUGUCUGACACACUUCCCGCCACUGCCAUUGGCACACCCCUCAUUGGUGUCUACUUUGUGGUGUGCAUGGCGCUGCUGGUCAUCAGCCUAGCCGAGACCAUCCUUAUCGUGCGCCUGGUGCACAAGCAGGACCUGCAGAAGCCCGUGCCCGCCUGGCUGCGAUACCUGGUCCUCGACAGGAUCGCUCUGCUGCUAUGUCUAGGGGAGCAGCCCACUGUCCGCAAUCCCCCGGCCACCCCACAGGUCCCCAAGAUAGAAGACUGCCGAGACUUGGGGAAUCACUGCUGCCCGUUGGUGGCGCCCCAGAACUUGGAGAAGACCCCGAGGGCCCGCGGCAGCCCGGUGCCCCCGCCGCGGGAGGCUUCGCUGGCGGUGCGGGGGCUGCUGCAGGAGCUGGCCGCCAUCCGCCACUUCCUUGAGAAGCGCGAGGAGAGCCGCGAGGUGGCACGGGACUGGCUGCGGGUGGGCUCGGUGCUCGACCGCCUGCUCUUCCGCAUCUACCUGCUGGCAGUGCUGGCCUACAGCGUCACCCUGGUCACGCUCUGGUCCAUCUGGCAGUAUUCCUGAAGCGACAACCUGCAGGGGACAUGGGAGGCAAUCUGCUGUGGGUGGUGGCAGAGAAUGCCAGGGAAACACUUUCACCCCCCAUCCCCGCCCAGCUUCCAAAAGCCAGUUUCCAAAACCAGUCCAGUUCAGUACAAAAGCCAGGCCUUAACACCCCCACCCCGACCCUCAAAAAACAAAACAAAACAAAACAAAACUCGCAGUAUUCAGUAUCUUUGCAUUUUCUUGGUCUUCCCUCGCCUGCCCACUAUGGCUUUAAAAACCCCCACCAUCUUAGGUGGGUGGAUCCCUCCCCUGCCCCCUCCCACAUACUUAACCUCCCCCUGACUCUACUCUAACCUGCUUCUGCCUCAGUUUCCCCACAGGCACCUCCCUACAGGAAGUACUUUGGAAUUCAGUUUCUCCCCCUUCACCUUGUCUUUAGACUGAAGGCAGCCAGCUAUCUUUCCUGGAUGUGGGUCUCUCCAGCAUUCCACCUUCUUCUGUGGCCACUGGCCUCCCCUUGCACUACCUCUACCCCCGCCCCAUUCUCCUGUCCCUUAGAUGGUGGGGGUAGAGGCAGGGCUGGGUGGGGUAAUAAAAAACCAGGGCUCCUUCAGCUCCCUUACUGUCAGCUAUCAGCAGCUGAGCUGGCAGAAGAAUUUUCAUGUUACCGGCUGUGGCUCAGUGGAUAGUGCUCUUGUCUUAUAUGUGUGAAGCCUUGGGAUUGGUUCUCAGUGCUAUGUACCAGAGAAGUACUCAACUAUCACUCUCAGUAAUAAAUCAUAAACAAAAA